AAAGAGGUUUUUCUUUGCCUGGAAAGUUGUAACAAGAAACCGACUGCACGAAAUCGCUACGGCCGACAGAAGAAAUCAAGAUGGCGUUGCCUGCCAACUAUAAACACAACAUACCGGGACCGUCGAUGCCACCGACCCGGAUGCGGCCAUCAGGUUCAUCGGCGGAUCGGAAGGACAACUCCAGCCCGUUCAUGCACAAUCCGCACGGUAAUCCGGCGUUCAAUCCGCAGAAGAUGGGCAAGGCGUCGGCCGCAUCCGAGUCCAAGAUGAUCAAACCUCCGAAGCCACCGGAGAAACCGCUGAUGCCGUACAUGCGCUAUUCGCGCAAGGUGUGGGACUCGAUUAAAGCUUCCAACUCGGACCUGAAGCUGUGGGAGGUCGGUAAGAUCAUCGGGCAGCAGUGGCGCUUACUGCCGGACUCGGAAAAGGAAGAAUACAUUUUGGAGUACGAGAACGAAAAGGCGGAACAUGAGAAAAACAUGAAAGCGUACCACACUUCGCCGGCUUAUCUGGCCUAUCUGACCGCCCGAAACAAGGUGAAGCCAGGCGAUGGGGAUGGACAUGAAACAUCGUCGCGUUCGAGCUCGAAGGGACAGCAGCAGGAUCGUCGGAUCGAUAUCCAGCCGGCCGAGGACGAAGAUGAUCCGGACGAUGGGUAUUCGUUUAAGCACGUUGCGUACGCGCGUUUCUCGCGCAACCACCGGUUGAUCAAUGAAAUUUUCUCCGAUGCCGUCGUACCGGAUGUUCGUUCCGUUGUCACGACCCAGCGCAUGCACGUCCUGAAGCGUCAGGUCCAAUCACUGACGAUGCAUCAGAUGAAGCUAAAACACGAGCUGCAGUUGAUUGAGGAAAAAUUUGAAACACGCAAGCGCAAGUUCGUCGAAUCGAGCGAGAUUUUCCAGGAGGAGCUGGUGAAGCACUGCAAACCGGCGGUGGAUGAUGAAACCUUUCAGAAGUUGGUCGACCGCCAGUAUGAAGCGAUGAAGCGGGAGCGUCUGAGGGCUCUAGAAGAGGCUCAGAAACCGCCAGUAGUGGCUCCCGUUGCAGCAGCACCACCACCAGCUGCCAUAACACAACCCCCGGCGCCGGGCCAAACGAAACCGGAAGAACAAUCUCCGGACCAGGCGGCUUCGAAUGGAAACGAGACUGGAGCCGCAGCCAAUGUGGAAGGCGAACCACCGGCUUCAGGAGCUUCUGAAUCGGCAGGACGAGAUGCAACUGCUUCGAAUGAUCGUUCGUCGCCAGUAGCGGCAGCAUCCGAUGAAUCUCAAAGCUCACAGGAUUCGACCGGAGAAUCAGCAUCGGCAGGUGUGGAAAAAAUGGACACAUCAGAGGAAGCUAAGGCAGAAGUUAAAGGGGAUAAACCUCACGCCAGCACAGAAAAGCCGACAAAGGGAAGCGUUCCGCCGGCUACACCUCCGGCUUCCGAACAGCCAGCGGUUUCUGCUCCAGCUCAUGCUCCACAUCAGGCGGUUGCAAUGCCACCGCAUGCUCCACCUCCUACUCCAUCCCCAGUGGUUACUCCUCCAAGUGAACCGAAACCCGAAAUUCCUCCCACUUCCACCAUUCAUCACACGGCCCCCGUCGCGCAACCACCAAGCGCCGCUGUUCCUCAUCCUUCUCAGGCUCCGAUCAUGCCUCCCGUGAUGCAUGGUGCCUACGCACCACCCCCUCCGGUAACUUCGGCUGCGCAAGUUGCGACCCAUCCAGCAGCGGCACCGGCCGUUCCAACACCACCUCCACCAUCCCACACUCCGGAAGCUCAGAUUCCUCCGCCGAAUGUGACCGUUCCGCAUCAUCCGGCGGCUCCACCACCGCAUGCUCCCCAUCAUAUGCCACCGCACAUGCAACCUCACCCAGGUAUGCCAACGCACGGAACGUUCCCCGGCUAUCCGCCGCAUGCCGGUUCACCCCGUGCCCCCUACUACUUACCAUCGUACGGUGGUCACCCGCAACCGUACGGCCAGUAUGGACACUAUCCCUAUCACCAGCAAUACGGUCCGCCACCACCCGGUAGCUAUGGCGCUCGGCCUCCAGGCGCACCACCCACCAUGGGUCACUACGGAGAGGUGCAUCCGCAUCCGGAAGCGCAUCAUGGAUACGGUCCGCUACCUCCGGGAGCUGCCGGUGCCCCAGGAAUGCCACCGACCGGAGUGGCCCCUCCCGGCGUUGUCGGUGCAGGGCCACCGCCACCGAUGCCCACGGCUACUGGUGCGCCUCCAACGAUGGUGACGGCGACAGCCACCGUCACACCACCCACAAUGCCCCCGGGAAACCAACCGGAACCGGGUGAAAUUGAACCGGAAAAGGCACCGGUUGAGAAGACGGCCCCAGCCACCCCGGCCUCGAAGAAACGCAAGAAGGGUGGUGCCGCCAGCAAGCACGACGAUGCCGACAAGAAGGACGACUAGAACCACUUGCUCCGUGAGGGAAAAUCCACUUUCCAAUUUGAAAACAUUUUACUAACUUGAUGUAACGGACUAAUAAUUCAAUAAACUCAGCUUAAACUUACGAUAGAAGAUUGAUUUCCAAAUCAUAAGUUUAUUCCCACAG